AUGUGUAAUCAUGUUUAUUGUUUAUUCUGUCCUGUGUCUGCCUGGUGAUGUGCAUGAGUGUAUGUCCAACGAGUUACGUUUGCGUUCGUAGAUAUUCAACGUAUCUUCGCAGUAUCAUAUCAAUCCUCUGAAUCCAAACAUUUCUGCAACUGGGCGUUCUCAAGUUGCUUCAAAAUGGGCUUAACAGGAUGUUAUGCCAUCAUGAAAUUUUUGGUGUUCCUUAUGAACCUCCUGUUUUGGGUUCUAGGCUUACUUCUCAUCGGGCUUGCGGUUUGGAUGCUAACUGAUCCGAUAUUCAAUGUGGGUAUGACUCAAGACUCGAGUGAUUACUACACAGGUAUCAGCCUGUUAUUAGUAGUUGGAACACUUCUAUUUCUCACUGGAUUCCUUGGUUGUUGCGGGGCCCACAAGGAAAAUCAGUGUAUGCUUGUCAUGUUUGUUUGUCUGCUGAUUGUAAUUGUGGUGGCUCAAAUAUCUGCUGGCUGGUGGGCAUAUUGCAACAGUGAACAGCUGGAAAAACUUGUCCGCAAAAGCAUUGAAUCAACUGUUCAAAAUGAAUAUGGAUUGAACCCCCGGCACACAAAAACUUUUGAUAUCAUCCAGCGAGAUUUGCGGUGCUGUGGUGCCAAUGGACCGACAGAUUGGGCUAACAGUAAAUACCGUCAUUCAAACGGCACGGAAGGAAUAAACUUGGAAAUUGGUUCAAAAGAUGUGCUUUUCUCGAUUCCUGCAUCAUGCUGCAGUCCUGAAUUAAGUGUAGAAAUGUGUGAGGCUGCCAGAAAUAGUGUCGUUGUGUCUGGAUAUGCUCCGAGUAUAUUCAAAGAAGGAUGCAUGGAUAAAAUGCUUUCUGUUGCCCGGCAACACAUGUUUAUCAUCAUUGGGAUAAUUCUUGGAGUGGGUAUUGUUGAAUUCGUUGGAAUAAUUUUCUCACUUAUUUUAUGCUGUGCCAUAAGAGCUGUAAACAGGUACAAGAACUAGUCCCACGUCCAUCAAAUGUCAUCUGGAUUUACGUUCUACAAAAGGUCUGUUGUCCAAUUCUCUUUUAUCUCUCGAUUUCGUAAUUUAAGUGACAUAAGCUCUAGAUAAAUAAAAAAUGAAAAUAUAUGUUUAUUAUAUGAGCAUGUUGAAAUGUCAUCCUAACAAUAACUAUUUUUUCUACAGUCUUUUCACAAAAAUUGUUGGUGUAAAGCUGCGAUUUCCACCCUCUUACCUGGGUAUGUAUGGGCUAGCCCACAGUAAGCGAACGUCCUACCUCAUGUAUGAACGUUAAAUUGGCACAGGAAACGUUUUCAAUGGACCAAGUUUCGUUUAGACUUUUGGUGGGAAAAACAACCUGAACCAGAUUGGGAAUUUCUGAGUACAGGAAUUGAUCCUCUCAGUUGGAAAAUGCCCCAUCUCAGAAAAAUGAAAUUUUUCAGGAAACAAAAACAACUGCUUAACAGCCAGAGUAGAAGUGUUUCUACUCAAGGAAAUGAAUAACGUAAAAAACCUGAGUUAAGCCAUUUUCGAACUGAGGGAUUCAAUUGUGACUGUCUCGAGCAUGCAGGUUUUCCAUUAACCAACCCAGCGGUUCAGCAUGUUUGGCCUCUUAAUUAAGAUUCUACCGUAUAGUGAAAGAUAAUCACUGCCAUUUCACAUGUAAUGAUCAAUAAAGCUGACCUCUACAAAACUGGUGAAGUCAGUUCUGAUGUCAAUGCAAGAUACAAUUCUCUAAUUAUGCAAGAUCUAUAAUGGAAAUAUAAGCCAGUGUAUCAGCAUGCCGAACAAGUUUUAUAAAUUUUUUACUCACGUUGACUGCCUCAGCAUCUCAUUGUGUAAAAUAUACUUUGGCUCUCCCUUUUUGUUUUACACGUAAUCAAUAUCUAUUUCAAGUGUUCUUUGUCAAUAAUUUAUUUUUCUCCAGAAAAGUGUUCCUUGAUUUGUAUCCACGUGUGUAUGUUUAUUUUUUCACUUUUAUAUCUCUGAUUUUAUUUUACCAAAUAUUGUAGGAUAGCGUAAUCUUAGUUUUGAUAAUGUUCUUAAAAUUGAAUUUAUUUAUUUAUUACUCAAUACAUCCUUUUUUAUAAAGACUGGUGAAAUUUGGAUUUUUCAUGUUUAAACAUUGCCAUCUAUUAAAGAUAAAUUAAAGGGGCAAAAUUUCAUUUGUAGAUUGUUAUGAAGUUGAGCUGUCAAAAAAUAUUGUUAGGAAAGUGUCAGAUGAAAAUUGAUUUGAAAACAGAAUUCUUGAAACUUAAAAUUCCGCCUAAAGUGGAACUUUAAUCUGUAUGGAACAGCUUUAAAUACUCUCAGUCCUUUCUAUCUUCAACCGUCCCUCUACUUACAUCCUUUGUGUAUUUAGGGGUCGUAUUCUUAGUCCUUCUCUUUACAUAAAGACUUCCUUAACCAGUGUAAUUCUUAUGACUUAAGUAGAUCUUAACGUUUAAGGAACCAUAGUCCAGACUAAUUUUUUUUUCUAAAUUCUUACGCACAACAUGCUAUUUCUAACAGCUAGGGCGAUCAGUAUUUCGGUUUCUAUUUUGUUAUAAUUGUUAAGUUACAUUUCUAAUACUUCCAGCGUAAUCUGCAGGUACCAAUUCUCACAUACAAAUUUUGUGACUUUUCUCAGGACACUCAGCAUUUCUAAUGUAAGUUGCUGCCCAAAGAUUUUGAUCUAGACAAGUUACUCGCAGUGUCACAAUUUACUGUACACGUUAACCCUAAUAUUUGCACUUACUUAAAAGUCGAUUUUCAUUUUUCAGUAAUGAGUGAUUAGGAGCCUUUACUUGUUCAAUAUCUCAUUUAUAUGAGUGUGUAGUUUCUUGAAGGAUGGCUAAGAGUUUAGAAAACGUAUACCAAACAUGGUAAGAUGACCAGUGCCCAUAGUGGGCUGAGACGUCCAUUGCGACAGAACCAUUCUGUAACAUGUGUUCAUCAAUUUGCGAUGCCAUGAUACGAUAUUACGGCAUUUCAUCUCCCCGCCUCAAUUUACAAAUAUGACCUACAUGACCCUCAAAAAAAAUUAUCACUACAACAACUCAACAUGAAAACUGACCCUUGUCAUUGAUUAUAACUACAGGUUUUUGCAGUAUGCACGUAGGUAUUCGAAUACCUUUUGCUUUCCCUCUCAUCAGGAUUCUUCUCUGGAAGAUCCUUGGCAUUAGCAUUCUCAUUCUCCUCUAACAUUUCAUUUGUAUUAGCUAUAUCGGGUGCUCCAGAGCAGCCGUCAACUAUCUUUUUCUCGAAAAUGGCUGAAAAUUGAGCUUCGGGACGAAAACUUUCAGAGAUCAAUCAACCCGGAAGAAUUCAGUGAAAAUAUUUUCAGCCCCCCCAAAACCUAUUGGACGGGGGAGGGGGGUUCAGGGGGUUGCCCUCCGUUUCUCGCAUAUUUCAAAUGGGAAAGGUAUGUAUAUUUCAAUUGGGAAGGGUAUGUUUUGACCUCAGAUUUAAAUUCUAUGACCCAGAAUUAGAACUUUUUGAUCCAUGCUUUUCUCCCCUGAACUCCCUUCUUUUGGAGUUACAGGGCAUUUUUUGGGCAAAUUUCAAUAGACACUGUUGGCGUUAAUAUUAUCCAAUUUUCAAAAUCUAAAAGUCUUCUGGAAUAAGUAGUCAAUACCCUGUCAUUGAUGUGCCCACAUGACCCCAGUUAAUUUAUCAUAAUAAUUAUUAGUUUUACCAUUCAUUCCUCCGACGCAAAAAGACCCGCUCCCCGAGCUGCCGCCUUUACACAGCCCAAUCCCCCACGUAAAGCGCUUCGCGGCGGCAGCUGUGCUCGCAUCGUAACUUCCCUCAUAUUUGAGAUGUCCCAUUCCGCAAUAUUUUUAAAAACCCUUAAAUGUACAGAUUUCGACAAGCUCUGUUCUAUUCGUUUAUUUUUACGUGAGUGUAUGUAUAAAUACGAUGAAAAUUGUCUUCACUUUGUAUGCGUGAAGUAUCUGUUAGUUCCCGACUGCGGUCAUAUAUCCAUUUGCGCUCUUUGUAGAAAGCAGGGAGAAGGAGGUGGGUCAGUUUCCCCUCCUAUUAUUUAUUUUAUAUUAUGUUGAUUAAUUUUUGCUCUCCAGAAAUGAUUUAAAUAACUUCACACGAUUGAUGGAAUAUUUGCUGUAUUGAUAUGUCCUUUUGACGGAUGGUGUUUUGCAUAGAAACUCAACUUUCUGUAAAUAUUGCCAUUUUUUACAAUUUUAAAUAAAGCAGUGUCAAACUCAAAAAUUAUCGAAAUUUCUAAAACAAGGUACCCUAUCUUAUUGUAAAUUUUAUGUACUUUCACGUGGUUACAGUGGUUUUUUGAUCCAACACUUUUAAAAUGCUUAAAAAUUAGGAAAAUGGAGCUUAAAAACGGACUUUUUUCAGAUAAGUGUCAUUUUUGAUCCCAGAAAAAAUUAUCCUACCAGCAAAUAUAAUUACUUUAAAGGAUGUUGAACACACUUUUCUAGACCAAAAUUUAACGUACUUUUUAGUUACGUCAUUCAUUUUAACUUUAAAGCUCAUCUUAAAGCGAUAAAAUCUCAAAAAUAACUAAGGAGUUAAAGAACCCCGCACAGAGCAUGGGGUCAGCGGCUCUUGAUGAAAGUCGAUGAAACUUUAAUAGAUUGAUAUAAAGUUCAUAAUUAAGUUAAAGCCAAAAAGUUAGCUCACUUUUGCGAGUAGAAGCCCAGGUAUUCGCGAUUGAACCCGGACUAUUUUCUGUGCGGCGGAGGUAAAUUCUCGGUGUCGCCUUACCUUGCUUGAGCACUUCGGCCAGGAAACCCUCUCUCCGCCCACCAGGUAACUACGAUGUCGCUUUGUUUACACUCACUCCUUUCAUUAGGUAGGACGCUCCAUUCGGGCUGUGCGAUAUGGAGUUCCCUGCUUCUCGCACCUCUCCCGUGCCGGCGCCGCCGACCGGUUUAAUCUGAAAUGUAGUUGCUGAAACAGAAUUGACAGAUGCGGGGAGAGGGAGGAAGUACGGCAUUCGCACCGGCCCAGCGCAUAAGCACCUAUCUUUACGUGAGGUCUGAUCGAGAACGCCGAACAACGAGAGGAGAAAGGACUCGGAAUUCUUUCGCCAUGCUGCGGCAUGAUAGAACUCGCAAAAAUGAGCUAAUUUUUUGGGUUUCCCUUAAUUAUGAACUUUAUAUCAAUCUAUUAAAGUUUCAUCGAGAGCCGCUGACCCCAUGCUCUCUGGGGGGUUCUUUCAUCAUUUUUUUUUAAACUUUUUUUAAACCAAAAUUCAGUGCUAAGACUCCUCAAAAAGGUUUUACGGCAAACUUCAAUAGCCCUUCAUUAUAGGAAAUUUCAUGACGCACCUUGUUUUUUUUUUUAAACGUCUUUUAACACGUAAAAAAUAACAAAAACCGCGGGAAAAUUUUUUUCGGGCAAAUUGUAAUUUUUUCAACAUUGCCUCCGCAUUUCUACGAGAGACGCCAAAAAUACAAAUAGAAGCACAUUUCUUACACAAAAUUUUACUAGCUUUUCGAUGAUUACCAUGGAUUGAUGGAAAAAAUUGUUUGCAGCCAUGAAAAACCACAAAAACCUGAGACAGAGCCUUGUUAUUGAACAAUUUGUAAAUUUUGAACGUCUCAAAAAUUGACUUCUAAGUACA